GGUUAAGUAUUGUUCGUUUGUCUAGUGAUACAUUUUCCCUCCAUAUUGCCGCUCAUUCGUCAGAGCAUCUGUUGUUAUUUGUGAAAAUUUGAUCUCAACAGUCUUCUGUAUAAACGUCAUGCACGGUAUUAUUUAAACAACAUAUACAGACACUUGAAAUACGAUGCACACAUAGUUUAAAGGAAUCUAGCUGGAAACAGAUCGAAGCAUGAAUCUAAAGCAUAGCACUCGGUGUGUUUCUUUGGCAACGCUGCUUGUAUGUAUCGUCUUGGUUCAAGGAUACUGGAAAACUCCAGAGGAGGGUCCCACCUGUAAGUUUGAUACAUGUAGAGAAUCUGAUGCUACAUGCGAAUGCUCUCUCACCAUUGAUCACAGGUUGACAAUGACAACAAAAGAUCAAUUACUAGUUGUUCCAUCUGAUGGUAAGCUUUACUACUAUAACGAUACAAGCAGACUCAACCCUUUGUCAGAUUCCGUCAUCAGUGACAUUAUAACGACAGAUGGAUAUGGAUCCCGCCUUGUCAUAGCAAUUAAUGAUAAAUUUCCUGGACCAACCAUAGAAGCUUACGAAAACCAGCAAAUGAUAAUCCAUGUUAGAAACUUGAUGCAUACUGAUUCGACAACGUUACAUUUUCACGGGAUGCAUCAGCGUGGGACACCGCAUGCUGAUGGUGUAGCCUUUAUAAGCCAGUGUCCAAUUUUGCCCGGACAAACAUUUACCCACAGAUUCACUGCGAGUCCACAUGGGUCCAGUUUCUACCAUGCACACAUAGGAGACCAGCGUACCAUGGGUUUGUAUGGAGGGCUUAUCAUUUAUCCCCGGGACAAAUUCUUUUCUCAACCACAAGUUGGAUUCACCGUUCUCUUGCAGGAUUGGAAUCACAACGAUGAACCUGAAACUUUGUAUCAGCGCAUGCUUAAUGGGAUUUACAAUUUUCAAAACAAUCCACCGACUCGAAUUGAAACUACACAGUCCGUUGAUGGCGCUAAUUUUAGUCGAUUUCAUUUUCACUCUGGUCUUAUCAAUGGUAAAGGAAGAUUUUAUUCACGGAGUCCUUAUGUACUUCAACACAAUGGGGCCCCUCUUGAAAUAUUUCGCGUAAAGCCACAAACAAACAACAGAUUUCGAGUGAUAAGUGCAGCAACUCUUUACCCUUUCCGCGUUUAUGUUCAAGAUCAUCCGGAGAUUACGAUUGUAGCAUCUGAUGGAUUUGAGAUUGUCAAAGGAAUUGGAGAGGAAAGUCAGGCAAUCACUGUAGAAUCGUUUAUCAUUCAUCCAGGAGAGCGAUUUGAUUUUUUAUUGUACACAGGAAAGACUGUAAACUCGUAUCUUCUAGUUGCAGAGAGUAUUGAAGUCCUACCUAGCAAUGUAUAUGAAUAUCAUGCUGCAGAGGCAAUAAUUGAAUACGAAGCCUCCCCCUAUCCAUACGUUAGAUCACGAGAAAGCAAUCAGAAAUAUUGUACCAGUGGAGCACCAUGUGUGACAUUCAACUGUCCAUAUCUGUACUAUCCCGCCAAUGAAUACAGACAGUGUCUGCCUUAUGAUGUAGCUAACAGUAAUGAAUCAAAUUCACGUUAUAGCGAAGUUGAUAUUGUUUCUGAAACGCUGUUUUUUAACUUUGCUUUCCCUGGUGAACCAGGAAAUACGCCAGGUUCGGUUAAUGGACGUGCAUUUGUACCGCCUGUGGCACCUAUACUCACAGAAUCAAGCAAGGAACUGCGAACAGAAUGCGAUGACUCGAAAUGUCGCCAUGACUCUAUCUGCUCCUGCACAUAUUCUGUUAAUCUUGACUUUGGGAAGGUAUAUCAGUUUGUCAUGACAAAUCUUGGUAGUGGUCGAGGAUGGUCCCAUCCAGUUCAUCUUCAUGGUCAUUAUUUUUUCGUGUACAAAAUGGGAUUUGGAGAAUAUGAUCAGACUACAGCCAAAUUUAUCGAUGAAACAGAUGACAUUGAAUGCAUGAAAACUAGCACUACAAAUUAUUGUAAUUCUGCUAAGUGGAGAAAUCAAGCUUGGGACAGCAAUAUUCCUGGUUCAAAAACAAUUUUCCCUCCAGAAAAAGACACCAUAAUAAUUCCAACGGGAGGAUACGUCGUUAUACGAUUUAAAGCAAAUAAUCCUGGAGCCUGGUUCUUUCACUGCCACAUUGACCUUCACAACACCAAUGGAAUGGGAAUGGUUCUUCUGGAAGCGUCAAACAAUUACCCAUCAGCUCCAUCUGGAUUCCCAAAAUGUGGGUUCUUUGGAGAAAGUCAAAACGGAAAUCCAUCCAUACGUCCAAGUCAAAACGGAAAUCCAUCCAUACGUUCAAGUCAAAACGGAAAUCCAUCCAUACGUUCAAGCCAUGUAAUCGAUUUGGUGUUGCUGUCGUCCGUGACAAUCGGAAGAUUUAUGGGUAGAAUGUACAUGUAAACUCGAGUUAGUAAAAUUGUAUGAGUUGUUAAUUGGCUAUCAUAUAAAGAUUGUGCAGCAGUCAAGUAAAUAUAACCAUACAGGGUUGGAUAAUUAUGAACAUGAUAUAUCUGGAAAGUAGCAACGGUAGCAUAUCUUCUGUGCUUGCAUUGUUAUAUAUACAUGUAAUCAGUUACUGGAGGGCUCUCCACUUCAUAAAUUUCACCAUUCAAAGUAUAGUUAGGGUGGACAAUGGAAAUUUCGCCGAAAAUAUAUAAAUUUAAAAAAAAAUCAUUUAUUAGGACAGAUGGAACAUUACUGAUAUUGGAUCAAAUUAUAAUGGACUAAAAUACAUGUACAUAUUCAGGGCAAUUAUAUGUAUAUUUAGAAUGAUCACAUGAUUUGACGUCACGUAGUUUUAACAAAUAUACCUUCGAUAUUGAGUUCAUCAAUAAAUGUAGAUAUUGCAUGGUGAUGAGGUUGAAAUUCACACUUUCACUUUUAAACAACCUUUAAAGUCUAUGAAAACCACUAAGGAGUUUUAUAUAUUCCGAUUUAUGAUUGUUGACAUGGUAUUGAAUUGAAUGUUUAAAGUUCUUACGGGUCAGCUGCAUUUUAAUCUAAGAUAAAUAAGUUAUUUCUAAGAUUCAUUAGGUCUGGAGCACUUUUCAAAUAGCUCAAUAUUUCUCUGGUUCAUUUUAAAAAGAACCUAUUGUGAUGCAUUGAAGGAAUAUCAUUGCAAUAAAUCGAUUUGUAACAUCCAAUCAUCUGUCCCCUUCUCAAUAAAUAAAGCACCAUUGCUUUCCUACAGGAAAAAUCAAAAAUGUUUUUGUGACUCUAUAAGAGAGGCAUUGCUAUCAAAUUAAUAGUCUGCAAACAUUUUUCCAUUCAAUUGUAAUUUUUAUUCAAUAAGAAAAAAAACCCAGUUGAUCUGUCACUUACUGCAAAUGAUAUGCGUCAGACUAUCAUGAUGACGUCAGGAUGACAAGUAAAAACUGAUAACUUUUUGGUUAUAUCGCAAGGUGUUAGAUUAUAUUAAGGACAAAAACUCGUUUAAUGUUAAGUUUUUCUGCAGUGUCAUACUUUCGUGCACUUUAGAAACAUUGAUUAUUUUGUUUCAUGGUAUUUUGAAGGGUUGCGAUUUUUUGCUGUUUUUUUAUUUGAUGUCAUACUACACAUUUCUGUAUAUAUUACGGCACGCCUCCUUACUUGAAUUUUAACUGUACUAUGUGGGGGAAACUGCAUGCAAGUGAAAGCACGAAUGCGUGUUUGACCUUUUAGUUUUAUUUAAUCAAUUUUUGGUAAUAUUAACAACAGAUCAUAUUUGUGUAAUGAUCAUUUACAAAGUACACUAUGUAAUCAAGUAUAUUUGUAUCUAAUUUACAAGUACGUUUAAAAGCAAUUCCCAUUCUCCUGUUAUGAAUGAUUGACCAUAUGAUAAGUCAGAAUCUCAACCGAAAUGAAGUUAAAAGAGAUUCAUUGUACAAGCGCAUUCAUCAAUACAUCUAUAUGCAUUAGAUGAAAUUCUGGCUAGUCAUAUUUUAAAUAUAUAUAGUUUAAAGAUCUGUAUGGGAAUUACAUAUCCCAGGGCCCUCACAAAUAAUGUUUAGUUGAAGCAAUUAAACAUUUCAAAGAUGGUCCACGCACACACCAAUUUAACCAUGGCGGGCCGCCGUGAUAAACCAACUUGUACAGAAUACUGAAGGGUUUCUAUCAGCGACAGAAAGAAAAAAAAGAACCACGUUUUAAUGUUGUAUGACACUGACAGAAAUUUGGUAUCUAAAUCGAUGAAUAUUUACAGAAUCACAAGCAAUUCUUGCGUUUGAGAAGGAAAAAGAACUGAAAAAUAGAAAACAAUAUAGUUGUCUGAACAUUUUUCUGUAUAUAAUUAGUACUUUUAAAACCUUUAAGUUUUUAUGGUUUAGAAUAGCAAUGUUAAAAUGUGAUGUAUACACGUAAAAAUAUAUAAAAAAAAAAAAAAAAAGCUGAUCAGAUUAUAAUAUGUUAAGAAAUAAGGAGUAAAGGUCAAUCAACCUGAGACAAAGGGUGUAAAUACAUUCCGAUCCCCUGCUUACAUGCUUCUCUGACAGUGAAACAGCUGUGAUAAGUCUAACGGCUAUGUCGAAAUGCAAACAGACAUUAUUAAGCAUCUACUCGGUAUCUGGGCUUGGUUCUAUGUGUGUAUUUAGGCUUUACUUAUAGUAUAUUAGAGAAUAUCUAGUAAUAGUAUCCGUGUUACUUUUGCAUAGGGUUUGGAAAUAAUGGUGGCGUUAAUAUACCUUAGGAGAAUAACAGAAUUGUUAGUUAGCUACACUCAGUAGGUCCUAAUUUGGUUUUUGUUACCUUACAGUUACUUGUUGAUAUAUUGUUGCUUUGGUGUUCUUUGAAUCAUUAUCCAGAAUAGACCAAGGAUAUGUUUUGGGAUUUUGUAAAGACAGAAUUUGUUAUUGUUCUGAUAUUGUCUGCAGUCAUUGGUGUAAGUUUUGUUGUGAUUGCUUGAUUCUUAGGAAGGAAACCAAAGCGGACAUGAUGAAAACUAUUGUAAUCAAAAUGAGUUAUUUGAUUAUGGAAUGUCUUACAUACAUACAUGUAUACAGUUAAAAUUGAAUACCGGAAUACGGUGUAAAAGAAUCUAACUUAAUGACUUUGAACAUGGUGAACAAGUCGCAUCCUCUUAGGGCUCUCUAAGUACAUUAUAAUAUAUUCACCAAUAUUUUGUCCAAAAGAAUCGUUUGUUAGUUCCAUACUUACGGUGCAAAGAAAUUUUAGGUGAAAGGUUAUUUACAGCAUAACAAUCCAAUGUAAAAUGUCUGACGUAUAGAGUUUGAAUGCACCUAAUUUUCAGUUUACAUUUCUCGAAGUACUUAGUGUGUCAUAUAAGUUCAUAUUUAACGAUGUUUUCCAUGUCAUGAAGGGUGUCAUAUUGCUUUGUAGAUGGCGUAUAAUAUAAUAUUUGUUGUUUGUGCUUUUUUAGUAUUCAAUACACGUACUAUUUUCGAGUAUAAUAAACGUGAUAUUCUGCAA